GUUUCGGACCACGUGUGUUUAUCAUAAUCAUUUACCUUGCGUGCAUGCUACAUUUAAGCUUUUAAUAAUAAUAUACUAUCUGUAUAACACUAUGUCGUCCUCAUCAGAUAGCGAGCCGGAGACAAGAGGACCCGCGCCAAGACUCGGCCCUUGCGAAGUGUGUGCCUCAAAAGAAGCACAAUACACGUGCCCUAAAUGCGAAGUAAAGACAUGUUGUUUAAACUGCGUUAGAAUACACAAAAUGGAGCUAAACUGCGACGGUAUAAGGGACAGGACGAAAUUUGUCCGCAUCAAAGAUUUCACCGAUAGAGACUUGUUGAGCGACUACAGGCUGUUGGAAGAGUGUGCCAGGUUCGUGCAUGGUGUGAAACGUGACGAAAAAAAGAGGUUCACUAGGAUAGACAAGGAUUUGCCAGUACAUCUCUUCAAACUGAAGAUAGCAGCCAGAGACCGCGGCAUAGCCCUCCAGUUCCUCGCUCAAAACUUCUCGAGGCACUCCGUAAACACCACUCGCUACAAUUACAAAACAAACCUGAUUAGUUGGCGGGUGGAGUGGAUCUUCCCCAAUGCUGAACCGGAUAUGGUGAAAUUUGUAGACGAGAAGUGCUUGGAGACUAAAAGGCUUUCAGAGCUGCUGGAUAAGUACCUGGAUGUCAAUGCGGAGCCUUUUGAAGGGUCGAAAGCUCUGACUUAUUAUAAGUCUGUUGGGUUUAAUGGAGUCAAAGUGCUGUUGAGAGCCGAGAAAGUAAGGGGAUGUGCUCGUAAGUUCUUUGAGCUGGAUCCGAGCGAGACUUUAGCGGAGAACCUCUCAGGGAAGUGCAUAGUUGAAUUCCCGCUUGUUUUUGUCGUGCUAAAGGACCACGCUUACAAUUUUGACAUCAUCACUCCAGAAGACGAGUUUGACGAAGAACCUAUAGCUAAAGAAACUCCGUCUCAAAAUGAGGCCCAGAAGAGAAAGAGGCCUCUUCUCACGGAGAAAGUGGCACUGGAGAAACAGAAGGAGAUACAGCAGGAGAUCAAAGAAGAUAAAAAGAAGAAGCCUAAGAAUCUUCUUUUCACGACGGGGUACUCCUCCGAGGAGAGUUUAGACAUUAGUGAUGAUGAAAGUAAAAAAUAAAAACAACUAUAUGAACGAAUGAAAUGAUUUAAGGUUAAGGAUGCCUAGUACCUGCAAAGAAUUUCGUACAGUGACCCGUCUGUUCCUAUCUCAUUCGCACGCGCAUAAUUAUAUUGCUCUCCUGUUCGUACAGUAUCAUUAAUGUAAAUCGUUAAAACUUUACAGUAAUAUAGGUUGUUAU